CGCCGAUGGUGCGCGGGAUGAGAUGAGCAGGAUUGCGAAUCACUAAUAUCACUAUGCGGAUUACCGCUGUUUAAUCGAAGCCGCGAAUUAUGACGCUGAUUUUGAAUCAUACACAGUCGUGACGAGUUUCUAUUUCAAUCCUACAUUGAUUACUCAUACCUGUUGACAUGGUGAAACUGGCAUAUUCACCACUCUCCAAGUUCGCGUCCACAGACAUAAUGUCCAAUGUAUGCCCGAACAAUAUGAUAAAACCUACUUUAUCUGAAGUGUUACAAUCAGACUCUGUGAAACGGCUAUUUAAUCAACCGGACCUUAUCAUUAAGACGAUUCCUUUAUCAUCACUUGAGUCUGGCAAUGCAUUUUGGUAUAAAAGGAAUGGUAUAAAUUCAACAUCAAACCAUACAACAGCAUCUGAAAUAUCAAUAUUCCCUGUUGGGACAAUAGACGAAGAAAAGGAAGAUGCCAAUCUUCUACCUUCAAAAAUAAAGCACAAAAAGUCGGAAAUUGCUUUAUUACCUAUUAAGAAGAAAUCAUGUGGUCAUUAUCAGCCAUGUGAAAAUAUUAUUUGUGAUGUGACAGUACAGCAGUACGUGGAUAAAGAUUGUGUGUCGCCUAUGUUAGCAUUGAGCAUAGAAGAAAAUGAGAUAAAUGCGCCGGUUGAAAAACACUGUAGGAAUAAGUAUUGUGAUGCAUUAAGCAUUGAUCAUAAUCGUUGUCGUCGGGCAUUAAUAAAGUUAUAUAAAUGUGACAGUUCACAUACAUGCGAUAUUUGUGGAAGAACAUUUAAGAAAUGGAUAUCUCGGAUACAUCACAGAAAUUGUAAGAGAAAGAAAGUGUAUAUUCAUAACGAUGUAGACAGAUUGCAUUUACUGAAGGAGCGGAUGCGCAUUCGAGAGUUGCAGAUUUUAGAAAUUGCGAAGAUGAAGAAACGCGAUUAUUCGGAUCCUAACAAAGUGAUGGAGACACUGUGGAAAAAUGAAGAAUUGAUAAUUAUUCCGCAAAAAGCACCUAGUCAACCAAGUGUCAGCAUGACUUUGGUAUCUAACACUCAAUUGACCAGCACUAAUGCUCAAUCUAUUAUAAAUAAUUCGCAAAUAACUAAAUCUGCGAAUACCUUUGGAAGUGCGUCUGUCACGGUUUCAUCACAGAACACCAUAAUUUUUCCCAACAACACGUUAUGUUCAGAAAGCAAUGUAAAAUCAAUAGGUCAAGUAAGAUUUCCAAAUUUACAACAAAAUUCCUAUUUGGAAUCUACUUCUGUUACGAUUCCAACUAAAGCUCAAACUCAAGUUCCAGUUUCAACUACAACUCCAGUUCUAACUCUAGCUCUAGUUCCAACUUCAACAUCGUCUACAGUUUCAACUUCAACUUCAGUUCCAACUCUAGCCAUAACUCUAGCUCCAAAUUCAGCUUCAGCUUCAACUUCAACUUUAGUUCCGUUAACCCUAACUAUAGCUCCAAGUUUAGCUCCAACUCCAGUUUCAGUUCCAGCUAUAACUCAGAUUUCGGCUCCCAAUGUUAUUACCACUUCUGCAUCUACUUCGAUUGUACCUCCGAACAAAUCAUGUAUUCAACUCGCAGUUUCACCUCAAACUACUACUGUUCAGCCAAUAAACAACUUAAGUGUAUCACCAUCACACAUAGUAAACACCACGGCAAUUCAGCCUAAAACGUUCCUCACGCCGAUACGCGUGGUACCUAUAGCCAAUUUGAUAAGUCCGCCGUCGUUGUUACAUCGCACGCAAGGCAUUCCUAAGUUCUGCAUUGUUGCAGAAAAAACCGCUCCGGUGACCACUUCGAAUUCAACGUCUGUUCAACCUACUGUUGCAGCUGUUGUCAGUACCACCACUGUAAAUGCUCCAAAGUCUCUGAUGCACGUUCCAAUAUCAAAAGUACAUAAAUCGAAAUUAAAGAAAAAAAAGAAGAGUUUUUUCUGUGACUAUUGCUCGAAAUAUAUCACUACUGAUUGGUAUUUCAAGGUGCAUAUCGCAAAGCACAAAGGUCAGAAACUUUUCUUCUGUAAUUUUUGUGAUGAAUCUUUCAGUAACAAUUAUGAUAUGAAAAAACACAUAACUAAUCAACACACCGAUCAGAAAGAACUUGCAUGUGACAAGUGCAACUAUACUUGCACGUCUCUUGCUGCCUUCAAAAGCCACAUCCAAACACAUGCGAUAAGUAGUAUACUUAAUAAAGUAGAUUCGAAAAAGCAAAAAAAAUCGGAACUUUUGAAAAAAUUGGAAAAUAAAGUAAAUCAUAAGUUAAUUCACAAUUUAUACGAAAGGAAAGUAAAAAGAAUAAAAUGCGAGGAUACAUCCGAUAGUCAGAAUAAACAACAGCAUAAUAAAGAGAAGCAUAAUAAUAAAAAUUUAUCGGCAAUUAACAGAGAUAGCAAUGCAAAGACAAAAGAGUUUAAUCCAUUUGUUUCCGUGAAAAAAAUUGAAUCUGAAAAUUUCAAGCAAGAAUCUCCUAUUACAUCGAGAUGAAGCAUAUA